AUGUGGAGAGUUGCUACUAAGAUGUUAUCGAAUCGAACCAUUUUUCCUGCUGUGCAAUUGAAUGAUGGGCGUAUAUUGACAAGUGGAGGUCUCAAUGAUUCUCUAAGUAAUAAUGUUACUUCCGCGGCUGAACUCUAUUCACCAUCGACUGGCCAAUGGAUAGCAACGAAUCCGAUGCGUCAACAGCGUUACUAUCACACAAUGACUUUACUUAGUAAUGGAAAACAAGUAUUGGUUACUGGUGGACACAUUUUUGUGAAUAAUACUGGCGUUCCACUAAAUACUGCCGAAAUAUAUAAUAUCACUUCAGAAACAUGGACGAGCACUUCACGUCCUAUGCCUGAAAAAUUUGGACGACACAGAGCGACACUUUUAAAAAAUGGGCGUGUAUUAAUUGUUGGUGGCAAUGUAUCAAAAGCAUACUAUUAUGAUGCAAAUAACUCUUCUCUAUGGAUACCCACAGGACCUAUGACACAAAGCAAUCGUCGAGCUCCGACAGUAACAUUACUCGCUGAUGGUCGUGUACUGGUCACUGGUGGAUGGACAACUCCAAUGAUCGGUUUAAACACAGCUGAGAUUUAUGAUCCAGUAAAUAAUACUUGGAGAAAGACAGCUAGGAACAUGACAACAGGAAGGGUCUAUCAUGCAGCUGUUCGUCUUAAUGACAGUAGUGUACUUAUUGCUGGUGGUUACAGUGAUCCAGUGUCACUAGCUUCAGCUGAAUUAUACUUUCCAUCAAAUGAUUCAUUUGUUAAAAUUGCCAAUACAGCGUUUGGUGGUGUCUACAGCUCCCUUACUCUUCUUUCUAAUGGUUAUGUUCUUCUAACAUCUGGUGGAGAUGCCAAUGGGACUUGUUCUGCGAUCACUCAACUCUAUAAUCCAUCGACUAGACAAUGGUCGAAUACAAGCUCACUCAAUUAUGCACGUGAAGGAAAUUUCGCUUUCGUAGUAUCUAAUGGUGUAUUUACUUGUGGUGGUGACAAUGAAGGACAAGUACUUAACAGCUGCGAUACAUUAGAAGGUUAUUAUCAAAACUCAUUUCAAUAUCAAUCAAGUAGCAAUAUGUCAUUAGUUGGUAGUGAAUUCUACGAGUCAACAACUACUCAAAGUGAUAUUGCGCUGAGUUCAAGCAACAGAUCUUUAAUCAAUAAUAUUCAAGAACGAGCUCCGGAAGUUACGCUUUCAUCAAAUAUAUCAUUAAUGGAUAUUUCGUGUAGUAUUCCAGUGUGUCUUACUAAAGGCGAAAUUCAGGACGGGCAUAUUGUAUUCGAUGAGUAUCUACAUGCAAAUAAUUCAACUGGUCCUGAAAACAUGUUUCCAGAGUACAUUAGACUGUUUCCUGAUCAUGAAGAUGGGUCUGAAAACGAAAAAAAAGUCAAAGAAUUAUCUGCCAGUCUGUUUCAUUGGGACAUGCAAUAUGUUUAG